GUCCGAUCAAAGCUCCCUAUAACAUGCCGUAACAAUGAGACAUAGAAACCACACAAAUUUGCGUCUUUGCCAUUGCCAUGGUCGACUUCCCCAAAUCUCUAUCUCCGAAGCGAGUUCUGAAGCUCCUCCAAGCCGAAAAGAACCCGCACUCCGCCCUUGCUCUGCUCGACUCAGCGAGUUGCCACCCGAACUACAGCCAUUCGCCCGACGUCUUCCACCACAUCCUCCGCCGCCUCAUCGACCCGAAACUUGUGGCCCACGUCGACCGGGUCGUCGAGCUGAUUCGGACCCAGAAAUGCAAGUGCCCCGAGGACGUGGCAUUGACUGUGAUCAAAGCCUAUGCGAAAAACUCAAUGCCCGAUAAAGCUUUGGCUGUGUUUCAACAAAUGGAAGAGAUUUUUGGGUGCGCGCCUGGUAUAAGGUCGUACAAUUCGCUGCUCAAUGCUUUCAUUGAGUCCAACCAGUGGGAACGGGCUGAGAAGUUUUUCGCUUAUUUUGAAACGGUGGGUUUGUCGCCGAAUUUGCAGACUUAUAAUAUUUUGAUCAAGAUUUCGUGUAAGAAGAAGCAGUUUGAGAAGGCCAAAGCGUUGCUAAGUUGGAUGUGGGAAAAGGGUUUGAAGCCUGAUGCGUUUAGUUAUGGGACUUUGAUCAACGGGCUUGCGAAAAGUGGGAACUUGUGUGAUGCUUUGGAGGUGUUUGAUGAAAUGGUUGACAGAGGGGUUAGUCCUGAUGUGAUGUGCUAUAAUAUUUUGAUUGAUGGGUUUUUCAGGAAAGGCGAUAGUGUGAAUGCUAAUGAGAUUUGGGAUAGGCUGGUAAAGGACUCAGAGGUUUAUCCUAAUGUUGUUACUUAUAAUGUUAUGAUCAAUGGUUUAUGCAAAUGUGGGAAGUUCAAUGAGAGUUUGGACAUAUGGAAUAGGAUGAAGAAAAAUGAAAGAGGGCCUGAUUUGUUUACUUGUAGUUCUUUGAUUCAAGGGUUAUGUGAAGCAGGGAAUGCUGAUGGAGCUGAGAGAGUUUAUAAAGAGAUGGUUGGGAAAGGGGUAUCACCGGAUGUGGUUGUCUAUAAUGCAAUGCUCAAUGGGUUCUGUCGAGCUGGGAAGGUCAAAGAGUGCUUUGAGUUGUGGGAGGUGAUGGAGAAGUGCGGUUGUCAUAAUGUUGUGAGUUAUAACAUAUUCAUUAGAGGGUUAUUUGAAAACGGGAAGGGCGAAGAAGCAAUUUCUGUCUGGGAACUAAUGCAUGUGAAGAGUUGUGUUGCAGAUUCCACAACCUAUGGAGUAUUAAUCCACGGACUGUGUAAGAAUGGGUACUUGAACAAAGCUUUAUGGAUUUUAAAAGAGGCAGAAAAUACAAGAGCUGACCUGGAUGCCUUUGCUUAUUCCUCAAUGAUUAAUUGGUUAUGCAAGGAAGGGAAACUAGAUGAAGCAGCCAGGCUAGUUGGUCAGAUGGAUAAGUGUGGCUAUGAACCGAAUUCUCAUGUUUGCAAUGCAUUGAUAUAUGGGUUUAUCCGAGCUUCCAAACUUGAAGAUGCCAUUUUCUUUUUUAGGGGAAUGCGUACAAAAUUUUGCUCUCCAAAUGUCAUCUCCUACAAUACUCUCAUCAAUGGAUUAUGCAAAGCAAAAAGAUUUAGUGACGCAUAUGUGUUUGUGAGGGAAAUGCUGGAAGAAGGAUGGAAGCCGGAUAUGAUCACAUAUAGCUUGUUAAUGGAUGGCCUUUGUCAAGACAGGAAGAUUGACAUGGCCCUCAACUUGUGGCAUCAAGCUCUUGACAAGGGAUCUGAGCCUGAUGUAACUAUGCAUAACAUUAUAAUUCAUGGGCUUUGCUCUGCGGGCAAAGCUGAAGAUGCUUUGCAGCUUUAUUUUCAGAUGGGGCGUUGGAACUGUGUUCCAAAUCUUGUGACCUACAACACCUUGAUGGAGGGGUUUUACAAAAUCAGAGACUGUGAAAAGGCAUCAGAAAUUUGGGCCCGCAUUUUUAAAGACGGGCUACAACCAGAUAUCAUCUCCUAUAAUGUUACACUCAAAGGGUUUUGUUCAUGCAGCAGAUUAUCAGAUGCCAUUAGGUUUUUAGAAAAGGCUUUGCAUCUUGGAAUUCUUCCAACUUCCAUAACGUGGUACAUACUUGUUAGGGCAGUGCUCAACAAUGGGGCCACUUAGUACUCUUCUUGGGUAUAAAGUAGUAUGGAAAUAAUUCAUCCCAUGCAUUGCUUCAUCUGGUAUUGUACGAGGAGUCUCUUUUCAGAUUUUGUUUGGCAUUGGGAGACUUUAAGAUUCCAUGUGGUGACAAAAACCACCUGUGGAACUAUGUUGCUUCGCUAGUCAGUAGAUGCUGGGAUAUCUAUUGAUAAUGAAUAUGCACAACGAAAUAUUCUUCAACAUGCUUUUCUUUUGAAAGUGACAUAAGGUUGGAUGCCGAGUUCUUUUAUUGAUCAGGUCACUAUUUGGCAGAAGUAUGACCUGAGCAACCAAACCCACAAAAAUUGCCCCGAGAACUGCAACUUUUCUCCAAUCAGGCGUUGAAGUGAUGAAGGAUUCAACG